GAGACACCAUGGAAAACCACACCAUAGACUUAGUCGACUUGGCAGUGACGACAGAAUUCGACUAUGGCGAAUCAGAGCCGUGCAUGGGAACCGAGGAAAAACACUUUGCAGCCCAACUUUUGCCACCGCUUUAUUCUUUGGUGGUGAUAUUUGGCCUCACAGGCAACAUGCUUGUCGUCCUUAUCCUGGUGAAAUACAAGAAAUUGAAGAGUAUGACUGACAUCUACCUGCUCAAUUUGGCAAUUUCUGAUUUGCUGUUUAUAUUUUCUCUCCCUUUUUGGGCUUACUACGCUGUUCACGACUGGAUUUUUGGGGAGGCGCUGUGUAGAAUUCUCUCAGGUGUCUACCUCCUUGGCUUCUACAGCGGGAUCUUCUUCAUCAUCCUGUUGACCCUAGACAGGUAUCUGGCCAUAGUGCACGCAGUGUUUGCUUUAAAAGCCAGGACAGUUACCUACGGCAUCCUCACCAGCGCUGUCACUUGGGCUGUUGCGAUUUUCGCUUCUGUUCCUGGGAUGGUAUUUCACAAAACGCAAAGGGAAAAUUCACAUUAUACUUGCAGUGCUCAUUAUCCAUCAGAACAGAGAAAUGCAUGGAAGCAAUUCCUGACCUUAAAAAUGAAUAUCCUGGGACUCGUUAUUCCAAUGUUAAUUAUGAUCUGCAGCUACACACAAAUUAUAAAGACAUUACUGCAAUGUAGGAAUGAGAAGAAACACAAAGCAGUCAAGCUUAUUUUUAUCAUCAUGAUUGUCUACUUUAUUUUCUGGGCACCAUACAACAUUUGCAUUCUUUUGCGUGAUUUCCAAGGUGUGUUCUCCAUCACUACUUGUGAAGGCAGUGGUCAACUGCACAAAGCAAUCCAAGUGACAGAAACAAUCUCAAUGAUCCACUGCUGUAUCAAUCCUGUAAUUUAUGCCUUUGCUGGGGAAAAAUUUAGGAAGUAUCUUCGCAGCUUUUUCCGAAAGCAGAUUGCGUCCCACUUCUCUAAAUACUGUCCCGUUUUCUAUGUUGACACAGCUGAACGGGCUAGCUCCACCUACACACAAUCUACUGGAGAACAAGAAGUUUCCGCUGCACUGUAAGUUGUGGCUAUCAAAAAAGUGGAAUUGGCUUUUGUGAAAACAAGUCAGUGAUGAAAGCCUGCAGAAUCUAUUCUGGAUUUUGGCUCUAAGGCAGCUCCAAAAGGUCACA